UUCAGCUCAUAACUGGAGAAAGUUAUUAUAUUAGUCAGAAAUAGCCUUCAACUUAUUCAGUCUACUAUAAACCGCGUGCUGAAAAAUGAAUAUCGAAGAAUUUAGAGAGUUCGGCAAAGCCAGUGUUGAUUAUAUUGCGGAUUACUUGGAAAAUAUAAGGAAUAUGAACGUACUCUCCUCGGUUGAGCCGGGAUAUCUGAGCAACGAACUCCCAGAGAAAACUCCUUUUUUUGGAGAACCUUGGCAGGGUGUUCUUUCGGACGUGGAUAGAGUCAUAGUACCAGGACUAACUCACUGGCAGUCACCGAAUUUUCAUGCAUAUUUUCCAACUGCAAAUUCCUAUCCUGGAGUGGUCGGCGAAUUAUUUUCAGCCGGUUUGGGGUGCAUAUCAACAGACUGGGAAUCCAAUCCAGCAUGCGUCGAAUUAGAAGUUAGAAUGAUGGACUGGCUGGCUAAAAUGUUAGGCUUACCCAAUCACUUCCUGAAUGAAUCAGAAGGACCAGGAGGAGGAGUGAUACAGAAUGCAGCAAGUGAAUCUACGCUGGUUGGUUUGCUGUCAGGAAAACAGAGAACAAUCAAAACCAUUCUAAACAAGAAUCCCAAACUGACAGCAAAUGAAGUUAAGGAAAAGUUGAUAGCAUACACAUCCAAGGAAUCCAAUUCGUCUGUUGAAAAGGCCAGUUUGCUGGCUUCUGUACCUAUGAGACUCCUUUCAACAGAUGAUAAUUGUAGCUUACGAGGAAAGGUUCUCCAGGAGGCAAUAAAUGAGGAUAGAGCCGCAGGACUGAUACCUUGUUGUGUAGUUGCUAGUUUGGGAACAACGGGAACUUGUGCCUUCGAUGACUUGGAAGAACUCGGUAAAAUUUGCGCGAAGGAAAAUAUGUGGCUGCAUGUUGAUGCUGCCUAUGCUGGAGCAGCCUUAGUUUGUCCGGAAUAUAGAUAUCUAAUGAAAGGCAUCGAAUACGUGGACUCUUUCAACUUCAAUCCCCACAAAUGGUUCCUCGUCAACUCUGACUGUUCGGCAAUGUGGUUCAAAAAUACUAAUGACGUAGAGGCAGCGUUCAAGCUGCAGUCAUCGAUGAUCAAGGAUCCUACAUUCAAACCACAAAUUGAAGACUGGCAGAUACCAACAUCAAGACGUUUCAGAGCUCUUAAGCUGUGGUUCGUUAUGAGAAUAUACGGGGUGGAAGGGAUUCAGAAAUAUAUCCGCGAACAGGUAUCUUUGGCGAAAUACUUGGAAAGUCUGGUGAGGGAAGACGACAGAUAUGAGUUGCUGGUAUCAAGUUUGGGAGUAGUCUGUUUUCGAUUGAAAGGUGACGAUUCACUGACACAGCUCCUUCUGGAUAGGAUAGCUGAAAGCAAGAAACUCUACAUCAUGCCCUAUUACUACCAUAAGAAUUUUGUGGUCAGGUUUGUUAUCUGCAGUAGGCUAACCACAACACACGACAUUGAUUUUGCUUGGCAUGAAAUCAGUUCUAUAGUGGAGGAAAUAAGUAAUGGAGUUGUAACAUCACCCACGGAAUGUGAGAAACCAAGAAAUGAAAAUACUCCUGCAGAUCCAUUGACGAAAGCUAUGAAAGGCUUUUCUACGGAAAAAAAAGAAAAAUUUAAACUUGGACUGUUCCUGUGAGUUAUCCAUGAUGAAAUUCAUUUCCCAGUAUUAUAUUUGAUGUAAGAUGUUAUAAAUAAAUGAAAUCAGUUUGUUAUUAUAAUCUCCCACAAAUAAAUAGGAAUCUGUGUAGUGCUGGA